GCCUGCUCCAUCUCAGCUUACUCUUUACAUUGUGGCACGUCUUCGGGAUCUCAUAGGCGUCUAAUGCCUCGAUUGAGAAAGCAGUUGAACUAUGGUAAACCAAUCCAAUGCGAGUCCACUCAUGAGAGGGGUCGACGAGAAUACUGGACUACUGGUGCUGAGAGUGAGAGAGAUCUUUGCUAG